UAUUAUAUAUAUAUAUAUAUAUAUAUAUAUAUAUAUAUAUAUGGUUGAAGCUUCUUCAAUAGACAAAUCUUCAAGCUUCUCCUCUAAAAUGGGAAAGAUGGGCAAAUCAAUGGCGGCGAAAGCAAAAGCAUGGAGAUCUACCCCCUCGAUCGCUACUAUUUCUCAUCCAAAGAGUCCGUGGUCGACAAGGAUGGGACCCAUGAAGACAGGAUUCGGCGCUUGCAGUCCAACUACGGAGCUCAUGGGCUGAGGACCUGCGUCCGAGGGGUUCUCCUGGUCGAAUUGUAUCAACAACCACAUGUUCUACUGUUGCAAGUGAGAAACUCGACCUUCAGUCUUCCAGGAGGCCGUCUGCGACCCGGUGAAUCAGACACUGCAGGAUUGAAGCGCAAGCUCUCAAGAAAGUUAUCUCAUAAUAAUAGUGAUGACGGUGAUUGGGAGGUAGGAGAAUGCAUCGGAAUGUGGUGGCGCUCUGAUUUUGAAACUUUACCUUACCCAUACAUGCCUCGAAAGCCAAAGGAAUGCACGAAGCUUUUCCUUGUUAGCCUGCCGAUGGCUUGGCAGUUUGUUGUGCCAAGAAACAUGAAACUGCUUGCUGUUCCGAUACGCCAGCUCCAUGAUAAUUGCAAGACGUACGGCCCAAUUAUCUCUGGUAUCCCUCAGCUGUUAUCGAAGUUUACUAUCAAAAUCAUGCAAGAUUGAAUCAGAGUUGCAUACACCAAGAAAGAGCAAAAGAUUCAGUAGUCAGAAUUUAGUGUUAGUUUUUGUAGUAGUUUAGUGUGUAUAUAUUAUGGGAUGAAGUGGAUAUGUUUGUACAAAUUGGCGCUAUGCUUCGAGUUUUUACGGUUCUUGUAUGUGUAACUGUGUGUGCAUGUCAAUGGAAAUGUAUUGCCAAAAGCUUAAUCAAAAUCUAUGAAGGUAUUUGUAUU